UUGAUUGAUCGGAAGAAGGACAUUACAUUUCCAUUGAUUUGGAGAGAAAAUAGAAAAAUGUCACGGGAAACGGUGUACGUCAAACAGUGUAAAGGCGUUAAUGGGUUAGAGAAGAUCAUUCUUAAAGAAAAUCGUGGCUUCUCUGCUGAGGUGUAUUUAUACGGAGGGCAAGUUACAUCCUGGAAAAAUGAACUUGGAGAAGAAUUGCUAUUUGUUAGUAGUAAGGCUAAUUUUAAUCCUCCGAGAUCUAUACGCGGAGGCAUUCCAAUAUGUUUUCCUCAAUUCUCAAACCUUGGUUCUCUUGAACAUCAUGGAUUUGCAAGGAACAAGUUGUGGACCUUAGAUCCUAAUCCUCCUCCAUUUCCAACAAGUAGCAAGAGUAGAGCUUUCAUUGAUUUGCUUCUUAAAAACUCCGAAGAUGAUUCAAAGAAUUGGCCUCAUAGAUAUGAGUUUCGCCUAAGGAUAGCUUUGGGACCUACAGGAGAUUUGAUGUUGACAUCCCGUAUUCGAAAUACAAAUACAGAUGGAAAAUCGUUUACCUUCACAUUUGCCUAUCAUACAUACCUCUAUGUUACCGAUAUCAGUGAAGUUCGAAUAGAGGGACUAGAGACAUUAGAUUAUCUAGACAACUUGAAGAAUAGGGAACGAUAUACAGAACAAGGAGAUGCUAUAACAUUUGAAUCUGAAGUGGACAAAGUGUAUGUAAGCACUCCCACAAAAAUCGCUAUCAUAGACCAUGAAAGGAAGAGAACUUUUGAAAUACGAAAAGAUGGACUUCCUGAUGCUGUGGUAUGGAACCCAUGGGACAAGAAAGCAAAGACCAUAACUGAUAUGGGGGAUCAUGAGUACAAACAUAUGUUGUGUGUUCAGCCUGCUUGUGUAGAAAAAGCAAUUACUCUCAAACCUGGUGAAGAAUGGAAAGGAAGACAAGAAAUAUCUGCAGUUCCUUCAAGUUACUGUAGUGGUCAACUAGAUCCACGAAAAGUACUUCUCCAUUUUUAGGAGAUGAAGUGUGUGUGUUCAGUUGCUUGAGCUAGAGAGAUGAAGUGGAUUAUUGUAGAUUUUGCACAACUUUUGCAAUGGCUUAUAAUUUGAGAUUUGCAGAACUUUUCCAUUUAGAAUAUAGAACACUGCACCUUUAGAUACAUAUAUCAUAUUUCAUUUUAAAAUAUAGCAAAUGAUAAUGAGUGUCUUAAGGACAUUGUUUAACUUGUCUAAUAAUGCAAGUUCUUCUAAGUUGUGUUAUUCAUACAUUGGAAAUAAAUAUAUUAACUUUUUGAUGAAUAAUAACUUUAUUUAUGAUA